CGGAGGGCGGUUGGGCUUCAGUUCUCAGGAGCGGGCGGAGGAGCCGUAGAAGCGGAGGCCGCCGCGUCCCUCCCCACCGCCGCCGCCCUGACCCCUGCCUCUCCUCCCCGCAGCACACCGGAUCGUCCCUGGCCGCCAAGGUCUGCCCAGAGCCAUGCCGCUGCCCGACACCAUGUUCUGCGCUCAGCAAAUCCAUAUUCCCCCGGAGCUGCCUGACAUCCUCAAGCAGUUCACCAAGGCUGCCAUCCGCACGCAGCCGACGGACGUGCUGCAGUGGUCGGCGGGGUAUUUUUCAGCCCUGUCCAGAGGAGACCCACUUCCUGUAAAGGACAGAAUUGAAAUGCCCGUGGCCACGCAGAAGACAGACACAGGCCUGACCCAGGGACUCCUGAAAGUCCUGCACAAGCAGUGUAGCCACAAACAAUAUGUGGAAUUAUCAGAUCUUGAGAAGAAGUGGAAAAAUCUGUGCCUGCCAGUAGAAAAGUUCAGAGCUCUCCUGGAUCUGGAUCCAUGUGAAGAGAAAGUGGAGUGGAUAAAAUUUUUAGCACUUGGAUGUAGCUCCCUGGGUGGGUCACUCAAUAGUGCCAUGAAGAACGCCUGUGAGAUCCUCACUGCUGACCCUGAGGGUGGGCCUGCUCGGAUUGCGUUUGAAACUUUUGUCUUCAUCUACCAGUACUUGUCCUCACUGGACCCUGGAAUCCCAGUCGCAGAUACACAGGCCUAUCUUGCCACUCUAAGAGAGAAGUCAGAUGCUAGGAAGAAUGGCAUGAUUGGACUUUCGGACUUCUGCGUUAUAAGAAGGCCAAUGUAGGAAGCCUUGAAGGGAAAGCCCUGAAGGGUAGAGCGUUAAUACAAAGAGGAACACAUUUAAUGUCAAAGUAGUGCUUUUGAAAACCUUGGUGCCAAAUACAGCCUGUCU